GAGCAAAGGAAUAUGGGAAGCAGAAGAAAUUAAUCUUACCUUGAAAACCUCCCUGGUUUACCCACUGAGCUGCGCUGGCCCCACCUUACCUGUCGGUGCUCCCUGACUCAAGCAGGAAGAACUCGCAUUGAUUCGCAGGCCAAGCUGCGAGACAGAAUCAGCUCUACUGUGCUGGGAAGGCUUCGUGAGACUCCUCUUUCACCCGGUUAGCGAGAACCUGAAACAAAUUUCUCUUUCGAGCCCUGCUCAACCGGCGGCGGACGGACCCGCCUUCCCGAUGCAGGGCCCCGACGUGCUGGGCGCUGUGCUCCUCCUCGGGGUCCAGCUCCGAGCACUGUGGCCUGUGGCAGCCGUGGAAGUUCACACUUCCAGGGAGGUGGAUGCUGUGAACGGCACUAACCUGCGGUUAAAAUGCACCUUUUCCAGCAGCAGCCCUAUUAGCCAGCACCUAUCAGUGACUUGGAACUUCCAGCCCGAGGACCUGAGCUCUCAUGAGCCGGUAUUUUAUUAUCUGAAGGAGCCCUACAAGCUGUCUGCUGGACGGUUUAAAGAGCGAGUCACCUGGGAUGGGAAUAUUGAGCGUAAUGAUGUUUCCAUCGUUAUCUGGAAUUUGCAGCCCACUGACAAUGGGACGUUCACCUGCCAGGUGAAGAACCCACCAGAUGUUGAUGGCACAAUUGGUGAAGUGCGACUCAGAGUUGUGCAGAAAGUGCAUUUUUCAGAAAUCCAUUUCCUGGCAGUGGCCAUUGGGUCUGCUUGUGUUCUGAUGAUCAUUGUGGUGACAGUUGUGAUUAUCUGUCGACACCAUCGGAAGAAAGUGCAAGCGAAGAGGAUCGAGGUGGCAGACGCUGAACUCAGAGAAAAGGAGAAUCUGAAGAUUAGAGAAGAAAAGGAAGCCAGUUCAUUAGAAAACUAGAGGUCUUCAAUGGUCUAUACAAUGCAGGUACUUCUAAAGCAGAUGGUGAAAGCUUGUAAUUUUGUAUGUUAAAACAAAGCUGAAUUACAGACGCCUCAUGCUGUGAGCGUGGUAUCCCUGCUCAACCUGAAAUUCUUGCAAGGAAAGAGGAUGACAUUAGCAUAAAUUGUGUAUUUCCUUCACUGAAGCAAAGCAGGAGGAUCUUGCCCCAUGAACAAGGAACUUGCCUUAAUCUUCACACCUGCCGAAUGUGAAGAAGCUGCUCUGAAGAUGAAAAAAUGCCAAGAGACUUGAACAAAACGCAAAGAUAGCUGACUGAAGAGAGAUACUCAAAGUGUCUUGAGCAGAUGCACUCUUGCACCUUAAAAGCCACAAGGUGCAUAUGUGCUGCCGUAUUUUUCCUCCCUCAAACUCCCCUUUGACAUCACGAAAAGGAAGCCUGACUAUGUGGGGAUCAGAGGAGCAGCUGGUCGCUACAACGUACUUUUUAUCUCCUGGCUACUUUAGAUGGGAACUGUAACAGUUGGGGAAUGGAUGCUGUUUCUUAUUAGGGAAAAUUUACCCGUAGGUGUGUUUUUCAUAGUGAUCUCUUGCACCUUUGGUAGGCUUUGUAACCACGGUAGCUGAGGACACGGCCUCCUGUCCCCUCCUUUCCCCUCCCGCUCUGCCCGCGCGUCCCGGCGCUGCUGCCCUUGCCCCUCGGCUCCCCA